ACAGAUUGAGCAAUCCAAGAAGGGCAAACGCCAGGAAAGCCAAGGCCCAGGAGGGGCAAAGAUGCACAAGGGGAGAAAGAAGAAAAUCAGGAGAGCGCUCCGGAGGGGGAGAGCCCAGGGCUGCCACGCAGUAAAUGCGGGACCUCGACGCGCACAGAUAACAGGAAAUGAUCCGUCCUCUGUGGUCACUCAUUCUAAAGGCCCCAGCCUUCAAAGUGCAAGUCGGGGAAUGGAUGACUCCACAGAGUGGGAGCAGGCACGCCUUUCUUCUUGCCUCCAGCAAGGGGGAGAAAUGAAACUGGAGUGUGUUCCCCUUCUCCUGCAGGAGGAAAGCCCCUCAGUCCGAGUCUCCAGAGAUGCAAAGCUGCUGGCCGUGACCUUGCUGCUGGCCCUGCUGUCCAGCGGCCUCACGCUGGUAUCUUUCUACCGCGUGGCCACCCUACAAGCGGACCUGGAGAGCCUCCGCGUGGAACUGCAGGGCCAACGCGCGCCACCGGCCGCCCCGCCCCAGGCCCGAGCCGCAGCCGCCUCGGCCCCCGCGGGACUGAAAGGGAUCUUUGGAGCGGCAGCUCUGGGGGAAAGCCAGUCCAGCCCCGGCGGCAGGAAGAGGCGUGCAGCUGAGGGGCCCGAGGAAGCAGUUACCCAAGACUGCUUGCAACUGAUUGCAGACAGCGACACCCCGACUAUACGCAAAGGAUCUUACACAUUUGUUCCAUGGCUUCUCAGCUUUAAAAGAGGAAGAGCCCUGGAAGAAAAAGAGAAUAAAAUUGUGGUGAAAGAAACCGGGUACUUCUUUAUAUACGGCCAGGUUUUGUACACCGACAGCACGUUUGCCAUGGGACACCUAAUACAGAGGAAAAAAGUCCACGUCUUCGGGGAUGAGUUGAGUCUGGUGACUCUGUUCCGGUGUAUUCAGAAUAUGCCAGAAACACUACCCAAUAACUCCUGCUAUUCAGCUGGCAUUGCGAAGCUGGAAGAAGGAGAUGAACUUCAACUUGCAAUACCACGAGAAAACGCACAGAUUUCACGGGACGGAGAUGGCACCUUUUUUGGGGCGUUGAAACUUCUGUGACCCAGUUACUCUGUUUCUGUGGCUCUUCGCCUGUCUUCCUCUGCACCUCUAAGGGGAGAACAUCUAACUGGAAAUGCCAAAAGGGGAAAAGCAGUUACCAGAGCUUUUCUGUGAGCUGUUUGUUUUGGUUUGCUGAAAGUGGUCCAAAACAGGAAAUUUAACAGACAACCACAGCCAAAGAGUGUCAUGUGAAUUACAAGAAAUAGAGCCCAUAUUCAGAAAGAUAGAAUUAGAAAGACUUUUCAGUAUAAUUCUGUCUUGAACAAUCUACCGCAGCUUCUUCUCUCAGAGGAAUCACAUGGUUCAAAGAGCACUAGUGACUUCUUCAAAAGUGAUAUUCCAUAAUUUCCCCUGGAAUGUGUGCCCACAUCUGUAGGACAUUGAGAUAUUUAUGGAAAAAAUCUCAGGUUUCAUCUUUUCUUUUUAUGUUAAAAACUCCCCUCUCUUUUUCAGUUAAUAUCAUAGGAAGUAAAAAAAAAUUUUUUCUAGAAAUUUUGCUUUAGGUACAAGAAAAAAAUAAUUUAAAGUUUAAUGUUUUUGAUUUUAGGUUCCAGUUAAAAGAAUAAACUUAAUUUUAAAAAGUUCAAUUUUACACUUUUUAAAAAGUUCAAUUUUAAACUUCUUAAAAAGUUUAAUUUUAAAUACUAAACAAUUGGACUGAAAAUAGGAUAAAUGUACUAUUUAAAUUUUUGCUUAGUUCAAGUUUGCAAUUUUCAUCUCUAAUAUUAUCUAUUACCCAGACAUUUUUCACAGGAGGGAAAGAGUUUCUUCCAUUGUAUAUGCAUGUAUGUAUUUUUUAUAAUUAAUUUCACUUACUUCAGACAUUUUGGUGUAGGGUAAUUUCAACUUAUGCAUAUAAAGCACUAAUUAAAAAUAACUAUGAUUGCACUUAUAUAAAAUAAAAUAUCCAUGAGAAAUUAAUGAGAACAUUUAUGAUAAAGCAAUAUAAUUUCCCUUUAUUUCUUGUUCUUCUGUUUCAAACUGCUGCUAUUAUAGUCCACAUAUCUCAGCCUUUAAAACACUUUAGUACUUGCUUUACAGAAGAUGAGGCUUCACUGAAGUCCUUAGCAUCCUGGAGUUGGGAGCAUGCACGUGCUCCUGGUAAAGACUGCACGUCUCAGAGGACAUGAUUGUAAUUUUAAUUUUAUAAGGAAUCAUACUUGACAAUGCCAUAGUACUUAACAUUUUUGUAACAGCUGCUUCCUUUGUAUUUUCUCAUCUUAUCUCAUUAACAAUUAACUUGAUUAAAUAGUUGCCUUCAUUAGUUUGAAUAGUAUUUGGAAAAGUACACCCCAGUCUAGGUUAACUUUCCAUGUAUAUUAGAAUAUUUUUAAAGAUAAUACUUCUCAAAAAUAAGAAAAUGAUUUAAAUUCUGUGUCUAAAAUCAAACUUUGUUUAAAUCUCUGGUUCCUACAAUUUUUGCUUAUUGGUUCAAAUAAAGUAU